GUGCUGUUCUGGGGUCUGCGGGACCUGAAGCGAGUGCAGCUUUUUGAGGUGGAGCGCCCCCUGGUGAGGGUGGAGUGUGCAGGGCGACAGCUGGAUUCUGAGGAGAUCGAGAGCUACAGCACUCACGCCAACUUCAAAGAGCUGGUCCGCUAUAUAGAUGUGGAGCUGCCGGAGCAGGCCUACCUCCACCCCCCUCUGACGGUGUUCGUGGUGGAGCAUCGGGCCUUUGGUCGGAUGGCUCUGGUGGGGACCCACGUGGUCCAGAGCCUCAUGGACUACGCCCCGCGAGAGCUUGGGGGGGAGGAAGAGGAGGAAGAUGACGAGCCAAAACCAAAAG